AGGCGUGAAGACCAACGCGCUGCUGCAGAAGCUUGGACUAAGUGCACCGAUGUUAUGAAGGGUCAUCACGAAGCCGUCUUAGCGAGGUGGAAGGACGAGAUUGAUACUCUGUUGGUCUAUGCGGGUCUCUUCUCUGCUGUGCUGACCGCGUUCAACGUGGAGUCGUACUCGCUUCUCCAACAGAACCCUACAGAUACAACGAACGCGCUCCUCGCCCAGCUGUCGGCACAGAUCAGCAGUUUCACUAUCAACUCCUCAUUC